AUGUAUAUAUUUAGUGAAGCGGCUUAUUUCGGUUUUUUGCAAUUUACAUAUUCAAACAAUGCCAAUAAAAAUGUCGAUGAUACUGAAGAAAACGACUGCUUAUCAUCGUUCGUUCAUCUUGCUGCCAGUACAAGACCUUGGUCACUAGCAAAGCUCAUCGAGGCGUAUCAGCUUCGUGCUCCUGAUUUCAUUCUAUCAAUUCAGACGGGCAACGUUUAUGACAAUGAUCCACAUAAACAAAAAUCUGGUAUUCAAACCGAAACUGAACGUGCUAUUCAACACGGUCUGACUGACACAGCAAGGAUAACACAUCCAUGGGUUACGACAAGCUGCAUUAAUCAAGAUGUGAUCAAACUACUUGGAAACGCGUUGCAUAGGGACAUAUGUGGAAGGGAUGUUCCUUGCCUAGGUUUCUGUAGUUGGAACUAUGUACCAGGUGACCACCAGCCAGUAAAACAAAGCAGUACAACGUCAACAUUUUGUGAAAUGAGAUAUUCGAUGGACAAUGAACAUCCUCCUAUUCAUAAAUACAUGAUGACACCAAGCGCGAACUGUGAUAGUCUCAAUUCACAAGGACAACUAGAACCGAGUCACACUCAUUUUUUCUUCUUCGACGAUGGAUCGAAGGAUGUGAAAAAUAUGUUAUUGAAACGCCAGGAGGUCGAGCAUGAACUUAGUAUUAGCAAAGUAUUGAGAUCUCCUAUAUCUGGUUUUCAAGAAAAAAAUGCUGUAUCUGACAGCGAUAUUCCCAUUAUUAUGUUAUUAAUCGGUGGCGACUUCGCAACACUAGCCGCCACAUGUAAAGGCUUGGCGGUGGGAACACCAGUCGUUGUUGUACGAAAUACAGGCGGUAUCGCUGAUAUCGUCGCUCAACUUUGCCGAAAGUUAUCCCCGACCGAUGAACUGGCACAAUUUCGAAAAAGCAUAUACAUUGAAGAGUGCAAAAAGGAAUUAAAAAAGCUUUGUCUUAAAGAAAACGACGCUAGAGAACAAAAUGAAGAAAUUGGAAAAUAUGUGGAUGUUCUGAACGAAAUGGAAGAACUAAUUAUUGUUUUCGAUGCCAUCGAAUACAACGCUAAACUAGAAGAUACUAUUGCCGACGCAAUCCUGACGGGUAUAAAGUAUCAAAACGAGAACUGGGGGCAAUUUUUCGGUCAGAAUACCAAAGCAGCGCUUUUAUUAUGGUGUGCGGUAUGGGGCAAAGAUGAAUAUGCACGAGAACUAUUAACCGAUCGUAAAGCCGAGACUGCGGCAUCAGCAAACAAUGCGGAACAAGACAAAAAUCAGGUAAUUUCAUUAGCGCAACAAAUACUGUUCGAAGCUUUGCAUCGAAAUACCGUGCCAUUCGUCAGUUUGCUAAUGGAAUACGGCGCGUCAAUAGAAGAGUUGACAGAAGAACAACUCAUUAUUAUUUGUAUCAAAACUAUGAACGAUGAUGCCCUUGUUCUCAAUAAGUCACACGUCAAUUUCACCUCAGUCAAACGGGAUGCUAAAUUAAGUGAGCUUAAGAAAUAUGUAGAACAAAGAUAUAAUGGCUAUCUUCGGCAAUAUUUGAACCAUUAUGUUACAAAGGAAAACGACAGAGAAAAGAAGCGAACAAAAGGACAACUUGUACGUGAGCCUAUAGGAGAGCAAAAGAAUCAGACAGUUGCCAGUCUUCUUGCAGCUGAGAUUUAUGCCGCAGCAGCGAAUACAGCCACGAUAAACAAACAAAGUCUAAGAGCAAUUUCAGAGUAA